UGGCCCCUCAAAGACCCCAUUGAAGCCAAACUAAUGCGCUACUUUAUUGAGAAAAUCGCCCGUCGCUUCGACCUCUGUGAUCCUGAACGGCACUUUGCGCUGGUCGUCCCGUGGAGAGCAGCGUUCUGUCCGCCUCUUCUAGACGCCGCUUUGGCGUUGAGCGCGAGGUGUCUGAGCAGGACGACGGAUUUUGACUCUUAUAUAUCAAAUAGGUACUAUCAGAGGUGUUUGAAUGCUCUCAUUUCGACGCUUGGGAUUGCGGAUGCUUUGAAGAAUCAGGAUCUGUUUGCAGCUGUUGUGUUGUUGAGGACGUUGGAGGAGAUUGAUGGGCCAUUAUCCGGAGCUGACUCGCAAUCGCACUUGCUUGGUGGUCAUCUCUUUGCCAGCGCUUCAGCAUCAGAGCACAGCUCCAUCUUUCUACGACGUGCAGCUCUUAUUGUCGCGUUCCGUCAAGAAGUUUACAUGGCCUUUGCCUGCCAGAGGCCUGUUCUUCCGGCAUUCUACCUCCCUGAGAUUGACCGCUGUCUCGAUAGCCCGACGGACGACGGCACCUGGACAAACCGAAUACUAUUACAUCUUGUCGAUACCUUAAAGUUCUGCUUUGGGGACGAACCCAUGAGCCCGGAUCAAGCGAUGGAAAAACACAGCGACCUACUAAAAUACGCAGAAGAAUGGUACGCCAAGAAGCCACCCAGCUUCAACGCCCUCUUCCUCGACGAAAACACCGACAGACGAAUAGCCCCCGACAUCUGGAUCCUCUCCGACGCCGCAGCAACAGGUCUCCUCAACUACCAUCUCCUCCGUAUCCUCCUCCUCUCCUUCGACCCACACACGCCCCGCGUCGGUCCAUCCCGGGCACGCUUCCUCAAGCAGCAGGAUAGGGAUAUUAAGGAGGAGGUGAAGACAUGUAUUGGACUUGCUGAGGGGAAUCCAGAGUGUGCGCCGCAUUUUGUGCUUGCGAGUUUAGGGAUUGCACUUGCGGGGGAUAGGUUUGAGGAGAGGUGGGAGAAGGACGAGUUGAUGAAGUUUUUGAAGAGGGCUGAGUCUUUGCAUGGCUGGAGCACGUUGGCUGCGCAAAGGCAUUUGGCUGAGGCUUAG